AUGAUGCCUUUCAUUGACCGCAAACCUCAAUGUCUGACCGAUUGGUGUCCGCAAAGACAUCGGCGACGAUCACCGCCAGAGACGACAGCCCUCUGGAUCUGUUUUAGUGACAACUGUCUGUGUCUUUGCAGUCAAGCGUUGACUUACGAGUCAAUCUUCGAGUCGUUUGUCCGCCAAAAGUCAUUCAAAUGCCAUUACGACGGAUGCGACAAAGGGUUCGCCACUCAAAGCCGAUUGAAUUCACAUAUAAGCCGAAGACAUGCCGUCGAAGACAACACACAGUCCGGGGAACCGAUAGGCGGAUCAUCUCAUGUCAGACAUCAAUCAUUGAGUGCAGCACUCGAUGACAGACAACAGAUCCCAACGAUUACUUCUACUGACCUUUCACUACCUCUAACAAUAACCACAACCACUACUACUUCCAGUGCCGACAGUCAAUGGGUGGACAAUACUCUACAUAAUCUCAUCACAUCAUCCGAUACCGGAGACCAGUCCUGGAGUAGAGCACCCGAUGGCAGACAACAGAUGCCGACAAUCACUACCACUAGUCUUCCACCGCAACCGUCAAUCAUCACAACCUCUACCUCUAGACCCGACACAAACUCAUCCGAUAUCACAGACCAGUCGAUGAGUAGAGCGACUGAUGUCAGCGAACAGAAGUCAGAGAUCACCGCAAUCUCGGCGCAGACCAUAACAACAACAACCACUUCCAGUCCCGACAGACAAUCGCUGGACAUAACUCUUACAAACCCUUCUUCAGCCGAUAUCAAAGGCGAGUCAUUGACAGCACUCAAUGCCAUUCAUCAGAUCUCAAAGACCGCCACAACAGUUGUGCCAUUACUGCCGCAGACAAUAACCACUUCCAGCGCCGACAAUCAAUUGGUGGAUAUUAUUAGCGAUAAUGAUUCGGACUCUGAUAUCGAACUCAUUGGUAGAGUUCCGGCGCCCAAACGGCCCGCACGUAACCGAUCGCCCGUUGAUAUCAAGCCAUCGCUCAUAGACUCCAAACCUCUUGUGCCUAAUAUUGUCAAAAAAGCGCCCGAAAUGGAUACAAAGGUUACGAGCGCUGGCAAUGAGCUAAUCCGUGACAUCGCGCCCGGCAUACGGGUAGUCAAGAAGCGUAAGGCGCCCGUAGAUCCACGACUGGCCGCUAAAACUACCAGAGCAACUGUACCCGACCUGAUUCCGUGGUACCCGUGCCCAUACAUGGGCUGCCGCCAGACAUUUAACACCCAAUCAUUACUGACGACACAUAUGCAGUCCGUCCACUCAUGGGUUGAGUGGUCGCCCGAUUUAAGCUAUCCGUGCGAUAAAUGUGACCAAAAGUAUAGCACAGGACUCGCGCUUCACAACCAUCAAGCGGUGGCGCACCCGAAGCCCGCGCCCAUCACAACCACUAAGAAAUCCUCAACAGACCUGAUCCCAUGCCCUUCGGUGCCUAAUAUUGUCCAAAAAGCGCCCGAAGUGGGUAUAAAGCGCUGGCAACGCGUUGGCAAUGAGCUAAUCCGGGACAUCGCGCCCGACAUACGACCGGUUGGGAACACUACCAUUCAUAAUUUAUAA